UGCUGCAAAAAAGAAAGUUGAUAGCAUGUUUUUUGUCGGUCAUGUAUACGGUAGCCGUUGGCGACGCUGUCAGGAAUCGAAUGCCAUCCGUUUUGUUUUGCAGCUACAUAAAUAGCCCUCCGUUUCUUACAGCCCCCGCCAACCAACCAAGCACAACGAUUACCGCGCCUCUGCACUUGCAUAGGUGACUCAUAUAUACUGACGACAAUGGACAACUCUUCAGAUGCUCACAGCCGUCACAGGUGCGCGGCGUGCUACCGUCAGUUCAACCGGAUGGAGCACCUGGUGGAGCACAUGCGGACGUCGCACCACUCCCUCCACGAGCCCCGCUGCGGCGUCUGCGGCAAGCACUGCCGCUCCCUCGACGCCCUCCGCGACCACCUCGGCUUCGGCGCCUCCCUGCCCUCCAAGCCCGCCUGCGCCGCCGCCUUCCAAGCCCACGGCUGCCCGCUCUGCCUCGCCGUCUUCCCCGCCUCCGCCGCCGUACGUGCCCACCGCCCGACCUGCAAGCUCUCCGGGGCGCCCCAUCCUUCGUCGGUGCAGAGCCUCACCCGAAGCAUGUCGAGGGUGGGCGCGCGAGGCGGCCGCGGCGCGGUGGCACUCGGGUGCAAGAUGGUGGGCGGCGGGAGCGACGGCACGCUGGACGUGUGUGCGCGCGUCUGCGUCGUCGACGAGCACGAGACCAUCCUCUACGAGAGCUUCGUGAAGCCGCUCAUCCCGGUGACGCACUACCGGUACGAGACCACGGGCAUCCGGCCCGAGCACCUCCGCGACGCGCCCACGGUGAAGCAGGCGAUGAGGCGGGUGCAGGACAUCCUCCUCAACGGCGAGGAGUCCUACUCCUACUCCUCCCGCGGCGCCGCCCGGCUCCUCGUCGGCCACGGGCUGGAGCACGACCUCGACGCGCUCGGCAUGGACUACCCGGCGCACCUGAAGCGGGACACGGCGACAUACCCGCCGCUGAUGAAGACCAGCGCCAGGCUCAUGAGCAACUCGCUCCGGUAUCUCACGCGGAGCUGCCUGGGCUAUGACAUACAGACCGGCGGCCAUCAUCACCCCUACGACGACUGCGUGGCCGCCAUGCGCCUGUACAAGAGGAUGCGCGCCAUCAGCCACCUGCACCUGCACGGCCGGCCCAAGGACGGCGAUGAUGAGUCCACGGCCAAGGCGUUCCCGGCGUGGAGGCAGCGAGAGCUGGAGCGCAUGUCGCCGGAGGAGCUCCUGGCGAUGUCCCAGCCCGACUACCGAUGUUGGUGCCUCGACGACGACCGGCGAUGCUGACGGCAGCCUGCUCCCUACGGAAUUCGAAUCUUGGCUGGCGCUUUUACUUGGUGGUGACGAUGAAAAGAUAAGAGAAAAUAAAAGGAUGGAUAGUUGCCGUACCUUACAAUUGACGUGCUGGUCGAAUAAAUCACAAUUUUGUUUUGUUGGAAAGUAAGUUGCCUGAAU